UCCAAGACAAAGUAUAACAACGCCAGUGCUCCAGACAGCCUUGGUACAGGAGAAGAACAUGGUCUAAACUGGAGUAGCAACUAAAGCAUUUUUUCACUUCAAAAUAUCAACUACACCAUCAUGGAUUCAAAUCCUCCACGCAAUCCUGUGUUUCUGGUAUUUCCUCCAGAGAUCGCCAUUCCUGAAUUUCAGUCAACGGACUUUACAGCUACGACCUAUGAGUCUAGCAGUCCCUUUCCAAAAUUACUUGCUGCAAAAAUGAAAGUCUUAGGGACUAUCCAGAUUGUGCUUGGACUGAUGAACUUUUCUUUUGGAGUUGUUUUCCUUUUCACCUUUGAAAACCCGUACCCAAGAUUCCCCUUUAUAUUUGUUUCAGGAUAUCCAUUCUGGAGCACCCUUUUGUUCAUUAAUUCUGGAGCCUUCCUAAUUGCAUUGGAAAGAAAAGCCACAGAAACUCUGGUGGCAAGGAGCCGAAUAAUGAAUUUUCUUAGUGCCCUGGCAGCAACUGCUGGAAUCAUUCUCCUCACAUUUGGCUUCAUUCUAGAUCAACACUACUUUUGUGGCUAUUCUGAAGAAGUGAGUCAAUGUCAACCUGUUACCACCCUAUUCAUUGGAAUUUUGACUAUGUUGAUGGCCUUCAGCAUUAUGGAAUUACUCAUUGCUCUGUCUUUCUCAAUUUCGAAGAGCAACCUUGACUGUUGUGAUUCUGAGGCAUGAUGUUAAAUAGCUCUGUGAGAAUAAAGAUGUGUUAUAAUAUUA